UUCAUCGUUCCAGACGAUAAAUAAAAGAAGGUAUAACAAAGAGAGUAUAGAAGAACGAAAGAAGGGGGGAUGAGAGACUAAGCUGAAAACUCUGAAGAGGUAUUCAGAAGGAUACCAUCUUUAUAGGAGAUGGCGCAAAGUCCGCUAGCACCAGGAAGAUGGGAAGAUGCAGGUUGGCUAGUGGCAUGGCCCAAGUUCGGUCCCAGACGCCUUUACCCCUGUCGGAGCUCUGAUGCGGCACAACGAACUGUUCAAGGCGAUGUCUUUUGGAUCACACUCUUGUAUGCCGCUUGACAGUGCCGAUCUAAUCGACGAGAAUACCAUACACCUAUUGCUGAUGAGCGAAUCGCGGAGACGCGGCACCAUCGCUCAAAAAUAGAUCCGGAGUGGCAGAUCAGAUCGCUGUGGGCAACGCAACCUCGCUAUGAUGGAAAGUCGUGAUCUCUCACCGCGUAGCAACGAAGAAUUUGGAACUGCU